AUGUUCUCCGAUUGCCUUUUGACAUCUGUGGAAUACCUGGGUAUUAUUGUCUUGGAUAAGGGCUUCAGUUUGGAUAAGCUCAAAAUCCAGGCUGUCCAAGAAUGGCCUAUUCCUACCAAAAUCAAAGAAGUUCAAUCAUUCCUGGGAUUCGCCAACUUCCUCCGCCGAUUUGUUGCCAAUUUUAGCCACAUGGCCAGGCCAUUGCACAACCUAGUCAAGAAGGACACCCCUUGGAAAUGGGAUACAAAGGAACAAGAAGCUUUCCAAGGGUUGAAGGACGCAAUCACCAACGCCCCUGUCCUUUGCCACGCAGACCCUACCAAACCCUACUUCUUGGAAACGGAUGCAUCCGGCGCGGCCCUUGGUUCUAUACUCAGUCAACGGCAGGAAGAUGGUCGCCUACACCCCCUCAGUUUCCUCUCUGAAUCAUUCAAAGGAGCUGAGCAGAAUUACAACACACACAACAAGGAGCUCCUAGCAAUCAUUUGCUCCUUUGAGUACUGGCGCAUAUUCCUGGAAGGGACUCUACACCCCAUCACCGUAUUCACUGAUCACCGUAACCUGGAAUACUGGAAGGAAUCCCAGACGUUCAACCGCCGCCAUGCAAGAUGGCAUCUUCUACUGGCCGGAUACAACUUCCAGAUAGUAUACCGUCCCGGUAAACAAUCCGGUAAACCUGAUGCCCUGUCACAACAAUCCAACCAUGCGGACAUUCCCCCCGCCAAUCAAACAAUGCUACCCAACCUCGUAUUUGCCAACGUUGCCCUGGUCACCCCUGAGAAGGAGCUCCAACGCCAGAUCAAAGGCGCCCUUGACCAAGACAAAUCGCUAGAGGAAAUAUUACAAUUCCUCCAAAAUGAGUCAAAGGCACCCCCGUCCAUCAAACGCGCGUUUAAAGAUUACAAAAUGGAAGCGGGCCUACUUUUCUACCAAGGACAAAUUGUGGUCCCUGACGUUGGAACGCUGAGGACGGAACUACUUUGUAUCUUCCAUGACAGCCCAUUGGCCAGACACCCCAGGAGGCAGCAAACGUUGGAAUUAAUCUGCAGGAAUUACUAUUGGCCCGGCAUCCGCGCCGACACCUACUGGCACGUGGAUUCUUGCAAAACCUGCCAGCGUAUUUGCAAACCUAAGUACGCUUCAAUUCCCCUGCAGCCCCUAGAACUCCCAUCCAGACCCUGGCAACAUAUCUCCUAUGACAUGAUAGUAGAUCUGCCCAAGGACGGGAAUUUCAACUCAAUCCUGGUUAUUGUUGACAGCUUCACUAAGUACGGCAUCUUCAUCUAA